AUGUCGUGCAUUUUUUCAGCACUUACAGGCCAACAAAGUGCUCUCGUUUCUGGCAUUCUGUAUUUGGCUCUCGCCGUGGGCUUUUUCAAGCUCACGUCAAUUACAUUGAGCUUUGCUUCUAUGAUCUUUGACUUGUAUAUUCUUCCACCUGUCAACUUUGUUAAAUAUGGUGCAAAGCAGGGCAAUUGGGCAGUUGUUACGGGCGCUUCCGAUGGAAUUGGAAAGGAAUAUGCUUUUCAACUUGCAAAAAAAGGAUUCAACGUUAUUUUAAUGGCAAGAACCCAGGCAAGAUUGGAGGAAGUUGCUAAGGAGAUAGAGGCAACAUAUUCGGUUGAGACCAGGGUUGUGGCCUUUGACGCUUCAAAGGAUAUACCAGAAAACUACGAGAAGAUGAAAGAAGCUACAAAGGGAUUAUCUAUCACAAUUUUGGUGAAUAAUGUCGGACGCUCACAUUCGAUGCCAGUUCCAUUUUUGGAUACCGAUGAAAAGGAGAUGAAUGAUAUUAUGACUAUCAACGACUUUGCCACACUUAAGAUUACUAGGGCAGUUACCCCAGUAAUUUUGGCAACAAUUGCAGCCCAGAAAGGAACGAAGGGUCUUAUUAUUAACAUGAGCUCUUUUGCAGGCCUCUUUCCAUCACCUUUACUUGCUACAUAUACCGGUUCGAAAUUCUUUCUCCAGGGUUGGUCGGCUGCUUUGGCAGGUGAGCUUGCAGAGAAAAACAUUGAUGUAGAAUGUGUUCUAUCAUAUUUAGUGGCAUCCAAAAUGUCAAAAGUUAGGCGCACCUCUGCUACCGUGCCAAGUCCAAAACAAUUUGUGGCCUCAACUUUGAGAAAUAUUGGAAGAAGAGUCGGUGCUCAGGAGAGAUUCGCUACGGUUACUCCUUACCCUUCACAUGCUUUGAUGCACUGGGUUGUUGCAAAUACGGUUGGUGUUUUUUCUAAGUUUGCAAACUCGCUGAACUGCAAGAUGCAUAAGUCAAUUAGAGUAAGAGCACUUAGAAAGGCCAAGAGAAUUGCUGCUCAGAAGGCAAACGAGCAACAUAAGCAAGAUUGA